AUGUCAUCACUCAUGGGCGCUCCCAAUUCGAUACAAGAUAGCGAUAUCACCGUUCAAUUGCCAAGAUCGGAUCCGGUUGUUCACAAGUACAAGGCACUCGGAAUACACGUUGUCUUGUCUCAGCUUCUUGCUAAGGUUCUGAACACCGUGUAUGGCGUGGACGGUAAACUCGAUCCCUCUUUUUUGAAGAGUGUUCAGGAAGUUUUAAGAGAUAUGGCAAGGUUAGCGCCACAGCUUACGGCCGGGUUCGAGUUCAAGUUCAACAACUCUGAACCUGCGUCGAGGGUGUCUGCUACACUUAACUUGUGUUAUCAUCAGCCAGAAUCUUUCCUCCCCUUUGACUUGGAGCAGGCGUUCUCAUCGGCUUUCGUUCUCACUUUGAUGACCUCUAUGCCUGGCCUUUCGGAACGAGAUAACAACUACAUGCAAACUACAACUGACAUACUUGACACCAUGAUUGCGCGCGGUAACGUUGUAGCCCGGUGCCGGAAGGAAGAGCUCGAAAAGUUACAGGAGAUGCUGUGUGUCGCUCAACGUCAACUCCACGCUCCAUUACCAGUUGCCGGUGACGGCAGCAGCAGCAUGCAAGCUACAGAUCAGUCUUCACUGCGCAUCCACACUGGAGACGCGUUGUUUAUGACUGAACAACCCGCAGAAGCCGGUCCGGCGACUGGCAGCACAACAAAUGGGCUCGCCUCUGAACAAAUGCUGUCUAUAGCGGGCUUGCUCGAUUGGGAACCGAAUAUGGCCGCUUUCGACGACGAUCAGCUCGCAGGGAGUUGGUUGUGGAGCGAGGCGAUUGCCCCGGAUUUUGAUUUUAGCGGGGGCUUGCUAUGA